CCACGAUUUCAGUUUUAGCUGCAUCCUUUGUACUUUCAGCUAUCAUAUCACGCCAAUGCAGCUGAUCACUACGGCUGCGAGAGCUGAAAUCGACAACCAACUACGCCAUUUCGUCUGAUACUUUCUAUCUAUCCAGAAGAAAGGAAUGAAUCGAAUAACAACGACCUCCUGAUUUCUGACGCUUCGACGAUUUUCAACAACGCCCGAUGCCCGACGAAACCGAGUCGGCGAUUGUAUACUAACCGACAUUCCCCAGCGAUAUUGAAAUCAGAAUAUAACGGACCAAAAUGGCGCGCGCAGCGAAUAUACCCGCGUCCUCGUCGCCCCCGCGGGCAGGUCGUGGUAGACCGCGCGCUACGGAAACUGCAACAACGGCAGCAGCAGCAGAUGCGAAAGCUGCUGCGCUUUCGAAACCACGGAGAGGGAGACCACCCAAGGCACGCACUACUGCGGAACCGAAGAAGAGUACGGUGCUGAAACCGACGGCGUCUAGCGUUGCGAAGAGGAACAAUGUGGUGGUUAAUAAUGACAAUGACGAUGAUGAUAUGACGGAUGAUGAGAUUGGGUCGAUUGUCGCGAAGCAGAAGACGAAGCCUGCUUCUUCUACCGUGGGAAGGGCAGCUGCUACGACUACGAAGGCGACUAGUCGGGUUACGAAGACUGCGAAGAGCAAUGCGCAGAUUGACAGCGAUGAUGAUGACGAAUUGGCACAACCGGAAAUUCCGAAGAGGAAAGUUGGUCGACCACCGAAAACGAAGCCUGUUGAGAAAGAGAGCAGUACACCACCAGAAGUGGCUGCCCCUAGACCGAGAGGUCGCCCGAGGUUGAAUGCACCGAAGGCUCCUGCGGCCGGUGCUGGCGCGGGCACGCAGCGAAAGGUUACGACGACGCGGACUGCAGCGACUGCAAAUACUGAAGCAAGGCAAACAGGCCGUGGGACUACGCUGAGCUCUUUGUCCAGUGUGAAGUCGAGUUUUCUGAAGGAGCCAGCAAAGAAAAAGAAGGUUACUUUCCAGGACCUUAUCGAUUCCGAUGAUGACAUCCCUGUGGUGGCUGAAUCUGUCCCGGCAAAGAAAUCAACUGCGGCUUCAACUAUGCAGUCAGGGUUGAAAGCAAAGCCUGUCCGCAAGGCAGCUGGUUCUGGCCGGGGACGCAAGCCUGCAGCUGCCAAGGACACUGUCCAGCCUCUGUCACCAAAGAAGGCUACGCAGGUUGCCAAGUCAAGCUCUCAUGCUGGCUCUGAUAACCCGGACGAUGACGAGUUGAGCAGUGCAAAGGUCGAGGAGAAAGCGCUUGUCAAAUCUCCUAUUAGGCACUCUGAAAACACAGUGCUUGCUUCUCCCAUUAAAAGAAUCAACUUUGCCGCUCCUGCCUUUUCGCCAAGGCCCAGGGCUUCUGAAGACAUUGAAAACAAUGAAAAUGCCACCCUGAGAUCGAACCGCCCUGUCGAAUUUGGCGAUGCGCGCUUCAUGGCCAGUCCUGCUAGGAGGCUUCCAUCUUCACCCUUCCACUUCACGAUGAAGGAGACCCCUCGCCGAGCUAUGAUUUUGAACAAAGAUCAGGCUGACCCUAGCGCUCAUCCGGAGCCCGCUGCUUUACGGGCUUCGCCCCUGAAGGCCUCCCCGAAGAAAGGUCCCCUCUUCAAACAGCCCGCCGGCAACUCUCCUAGCUCUUCGCCAUUCAAGCUGUCUCUCUUGAAGAGCCCGGCUAAGCGUGUAUGCUCUCCAUUUAAACUGGCCCUGUCACCUGAAAAGGACCGUUUCCACAAGAUGGGAGACAACGAGGACGCUGCGGAAACUGAUAUGAUUUCUGGCCAUCGCGACGAUGGAUCCCCUCGUCCAAUCGGUUAUCGAAGAAGUGAAUCGGUUCAAGCGAAGACUUCUGAUGGUGAAGUCUGGCUCGAUGACCCAUUUGUGGAUGCCCCUGUGGAGACUGAAGAGGAGGCACUCAAUAUGGAAGAUGAAGAAAUGCCACAACAGCAGCAUGUCACUACUGAAGCAGAAGAAGAGGAUUUGGAAGAGCCAGUCGAGCCCGCUGAGGUGGAAAUGCAACAAAAUGAACUCCGCCACCAUCACUUUGAAGUCGAGGAAGCGCAGGACGAACAAGACACCGAAGAACCAUACCAAAUAAUAGAAGUGCCGCUUGAGACCAACGGCGAAAAUGAAAAUGUCGUCAUUGAAGAACUACAUCUCUCAUCGCCGUCCCUCAAUCUUGAGGUGUUCGAGGGACAGGAGCAUCUCAUAGACCGCAAUAGCCCUGCAAGAGGAGGACCCGCCCAAAAGGAUGGCGAAGAAGGGCAAGAAGAGGAGCGGGAGGAAGAAAAUGAAGAAACAAAUGGACCCGAGGAAUUGCAUGAGCUAGCAGCUGAAGAACCAUGCCUUGAUGAUGCAGUCGACCGUCCCGUUGAGCAACAUGCUAGGUCAUCGCCUGAGCCUGAGAUGGAAAUGCAAGAAGAUGUACCGGAGCGUCAGAGCCUCACAAAGGAAGAGAUGCUUCAGGAGGAACAGCACGAAGAUGAAGAAGCUGUUGAACAACCUGAGCAAAUUACGGAAGAGUCCAUGGAUGUCGAAGACGCAGGGGAUGAUGCUGUCAUGAGUGACUCCGGUAUCCCUUCACCAUAUCGUGAACCCACGACAUUUGAAAUCGAAGAAGGCGUCGACGACAACGAAGGCUCCGAAGAACAGGAAGUGAUACAGGCCGAGGAAGAAGGCGAAGAGCCGUCCCUAAUCCUAGAAAAACACCUAGAGAAUCAGGAAAACAUGAGCCCGGCCGUUGAACAGACAGGUUUUCCCUCGCCAUUCUCUGAGGCCAGAAUGAUUCACCUCAGCUCCCCUGCCUCAUCUGUGCACCAUUCCUACGAAACAGAGGAAAACAUGGAGGAGGUACAACAUGAGCCUCAACAUAUUCAGCCCUCACCGACCAUGUCUCCUGCUAAGGAAGUUACAUAUGAGCCUCGUGAGGAAGAUGAUGCAGAGUCUGACACCGACCCUGUUGUGGAUACCUUGCUGUUUGAUGCCAAACGGGCUCGCCGAAGCCAAGUCUUUGUGCAACCGGCAACGCCUGGUUCUGUUCGCCAGAGAUAUAAUGAAGACACCAUCAUCCAAGGAGACGAAGACGGCGCAGAUUUAGGAUUUACUCCGUUGGCCGCGCAGCUCAGCGAGUGGAAAGCCAGCACCCCAGUGGAGUCCCAGCCCAGACGUCCUCGGCGCCGAGGAGUUUUCUCUCUUGCUGGAAACUCAAGAAGUUCUUUAGCAUCUACUCGGAAGUCGACACACGAUCAUCGAUACCGACUGAGGAAGAGCUCGUCAACUUUCAGGAGAUCUUCGCUCGGGCUUUCUAUGUUUAACUUGGAGUCGUUGGAAGUUGAGCAAGAGGCUACGAGCGCGCCUUCUGUGGCCGAAAUCCCAGACGCCCCUUCUCCGGUCCGUGAGCUCGACAAUACGGAGUCUCUAGACAAGGCUGAGGCCGAUAACGCACCCAGCGAUGCACACGUUUACUCAGAUGCAGAUGAGGCACCAGAACUAGAGAAUGAGGACCUUCUCCAAGAACCUGAGGAACAUAUCACUGAUGAGCUAGUGCACUCUAUCCAGGAGUCAUUAAACCAGGACAUACUUCUACAGUCCGAGGAGAACGUGGAAGCUUGGGACAAAGAUACAGCUUCUGAACAAGAAGAUGAACCGGCAGAGCCUCUCCCGUCUGCUGAGGAAGACAAGGAAAAUGAUGAAAUGGCUGCGUUAUCGCUUCCCAGUACUCCAAAGAGAGCUACUCCUGGUCAUUUGCGCACAGUGCACACUGUGUCCAAGGUUCCUUUGAGACCAGAAGGCGUGGUGUCGCCGCUGAAGGUAUCCAGGAAAAGAGCGAGGUCACUUUCCUCUGGACCGGCCACUCGAGCGUCCCCGAGAAUUCGGGCUGCAAUGACCAAAAGCCAGACUUCUCCGGCUGUGUCGCCUCGUAAGCACAGCCUUGCUUUGAGACCAUCUCAACCGGAGUACUGUGAUCAAACCGACGAGCCGGCCCGUGCCGACGACCCACCAACCAGUGCAAAGUCAAGAAGAGUCAGCUCUCCGGUCGACCCUUUCCAGGAUGCUGCAGACGUACCACAAGUCCUCAAGGGCGUCACGGCGUUCGUGGAUGUCCAUACGACUGAAGGAGAAGACGCGAGUGGUAUAUUCAUUGAACUCCUCACCCAGAUGGGUGCUAGAUGUGUCAAAUCUUGGUCUUGGAAUCCCAGAGCUAGCUUGUCCCCGGUCGACGGAGCUGAACCAAAGGAAAACAGGGUCGGCAUCACGCAUGUCAUCUACAAGGACGGCGGUGUGCGGACUCUCGAGAAGGUGCGACAAGCAGGCGGCCUUGUGAAGUGUGUUGGCGUAUCCUGGGUCCUUGACUGCGAGAGAGAGAAUCGAUGGCUGGACGAGGCCCACUACCUUGUUGAUAGUUCCAUCAUUCCCCGUGGUGGUGCCAAACGGAGAAAGAGCAUGCAGCCUCGAAGCUUGAGCAACGUCAAUGGAACCUUGGUGAAAGCGGAUGGACCUACCUACCCUCGCGCUGGUCGAGUUUCCGGUGUAGACCGGGAGUCAGUGCGGGAGUUCAUCAGGCUCACUCCCCCUUCACCAGCCAAGCAGUCUCCUAACUACCAAGACACUUUCUCGACACCAGCCAAAGAUACCUUCUCAGGAUCCAGCCGGAGACUAUCGCAGCAACCUAGCACUCCGGGGCAAAGCGGGUUCGAUUUCAACUUCGACUUUGAUCCGAGCAGCUUCUCCCCAACCACUCCGUAUUACCUCUCCAAGGGAGCAAAGCUGGUCCAGCAGACCUGCCCACCCAAGCAGACGCGAGAGGGUCUAUUCCCGAUCAGUGGACGAAUUGAAGACGAAUCUAGCUCGAAACUGAGAGCCAAACUGGAAGCUGCUAGGCGGAAGAGUCUAGCCUUCAAACCGAGACGCGAAAGUCCUCUCAAGAAAUAAGAGUCUUCUUUCUCUCCCUGUGUGUGUACUACAUUACUUCUUUUGUUCAGAUCUUCCGUUGAUACCCGCUCUGGCGCGUGCUCUAAGGUGUCUAUAUCAUGUUUUGUGUUGAGACAUGGGUUGUUUCGAGUACUUGUCCCUCCACAGUGCAAAGGAUUUGGCGUUUCAGGAAACAGCAAGAUGUGCAUUGGAUUAGAUUAGAUUGGUUAGGACCUAGGGGUUGGAUUACGGGGCAGGGCUUGGUUUUUCACUAGUUUUGGUAAUCAAUUUAGACAAACAGCUGUU